AUGGCAAGCUUCUUACAAUUCUGUCCGACAUGCGAAAAGCAGAUAGUCACGCCCGGCCACAGCAUCUUGUAUUGUUCCGAAGCAUGCCGGAAGAAGGAUGUAUCCGGUUACUCGAACUUGCACCCUACCGCUUCGCCACCAACAACGCCGUCGCCUCUGAACUUCGACACUUCAUUGUCGGACAUAGUACCUCAACGUUCCCCUACAGUUGUCCGGCCAUUGUCACUUACAUUCUCCGACAUGGACAUGAACGACUCUGCGCCUCCUGGCGGCGACUAUGGCGAUAUGUACUCGCGGAGGGAUAGCGAAGCCACUCACUAUCUCGCACAGUUGUAUUCAACCACCUGGAACGGCGCUCAGCAAUCGAGCAGCCGGCCUGCAAUCGUCCGGGCAAACACGGCAUCCGAGCUGCCGUCCUUGGUCCAUUCGGCAAGCUCGUCAGUGGGCACGACUGCCUCCAUAAAUCAUCCGCGCCCGAAACCGUCGAGGCACAACAAGUCAUACUCAAUAAGCUCCACGAACUCCAUUGAUCUCGUAUCGCCUUACAUUGCAACGGCGCCGUCAAGUCCGACGGAUCUCAUGGGAGAUGCAAGCGUGAAGAGCGCCGCGAGUACAGUGACCGCCUUUCGUGUCGCUCAGGAGGGCGAGUUUGAGUACGGUGGGCCGCCGUCUGAGCGUAAGACAUCGCAGGCAGCGAGUAGUCUCAAGCAGCUUUUCUACCAUGAUGCGAUGAAGGCACCACCGUCGAGGGCGAAUCCAUCCGCAACACAAAGCGGGCUAUGA